CAAUUUGCAUGACAGAAGACGAAUAACGAUCUGUUACAUCAUACGCUCAGCGAUUAACAAACGAGCUUACUGAAUUACUACUCGGCUACCGUCCGACACUUAGGCACGGUUUGCUUACCAAGCUACCAAAUGGAAACAAAGAUGGCUGUUGGUUGGUUUUGAGCGGAUGAAGAUUGGAGGGUGAGAUGCGUUCUUUCGUAAUUCUUGAGGUAGAUCAACGACAGUCAUGAUUACUGGAGGAAGCUCGACGACUUUGCCAGUACAUCGUUUUAUGUUUAUUCUGACCGUGUUAAUUUUCACGGCGUUCGGCUCAACGUCGGCUCUGGACUACGCGUCCAACAUCUCGGUGCGCGCAGACAUCACGUCCGCUACUCUGACAUGGAUCGCGGCAAGCAACAGCUCGGCUGACAGCUACACCUUGGCCCUGCUGCUGGACGGCGGUGCCACUUCCCGAACCAAUUACACCAUCAGCGAUGUAGCUACCGAGACCUACACCCUAACAGACCUGACGUACUCCACAUACUACACCGUGAACCUGUACACGGUGGGCAGCGGCGGGCAGACAGUCGGUGUCUCCACGCUGUCUUUCUGGACGCUGUAUAAGGUCUGGAACCCCAGCUUUAUCGCCGCGCUGUGCGUGCUCGGAUUCAUUUUCAUCACCUUAGUGGUCAUGAUGGCACUCAAGUCUGCGUACCUGGCAGAGAAAAAAGAUCCAGACGAGAAACCGGUCCUGGAGGACGAACAGACGGACAAAGGGGUCAAGAAGAACAAAGAUACGGAUAGAAACGGUGCUAACGUGGUCAUUUUGUGAUUCUUGGGACGGUAUUGCUGGCCUCUUUUCUACAUGCGGUUCACGAUGGCCGAAAUAGCUUGGACACUACAACUUGUAGAAAAAAAAAUCAUCGACCAAGUGGACUAGAAAAUUGGCUUCCGAAAUAUUACCCUUGAUUCAUUUCAGUUUACGCCUAAUCUGACAGAGGAAAUGAUGUGACAUGUCCAAGUACUUACACUCUUUUGUUUUACAGCCUUGGACAAAGAAAAGUUAAGCCCUAGCCACCUCCGAAGAUUCGGCGAUGCGAUAUUAUGUGAGAUAUCCAGGCCUGGAAAUACUUCAUUUUUCGCCUGGAUUUAGUCAAAAACCGUCACGGGGGAAAUCGAUGGCGAAUGGAAUUAACUUACAGAGAAUAACUGACCCUUUUUAAAAUGAUCUAGCGGAACGAGGAUAUUUCAGAUUUCUUGUACUUACACCUGUUGCAGUGCAUAACAGUGAAGAUUUAAAGUGGGAUUCCUUAAUUAAUUAACACUCAAGUGCACUCCCUAUGUCAAAUCUUGUUUUCCAUACAGUUGUAUUUUUAUUUAAUUUUGCUGAGGUUUGAAGUUUUAAAACUGACACGGAAGUAAUUUACAAAUUACGUUGGGGUUUUUCCUCUGAACUAUGCACGCCCUUAUAUUGAAUGCCACCAAUUUUCGCCUGUGUUAGUUUGUCUUUCGAUUGCAUCUCUUUGUCCGUUUUAACUGUACUUGAAUAAAGGGAAAUUUUUACCAGUCUGUUUGAAGGA